GCCAACUUGCUUUUCAUGUGGUAAAAGCAAAAAACGCAACAUCUCGUUCUUUGGUGGGAAUUCGGUUCAAGAAAAACAAUCCAAGGGAUCAAGAGAGGGCAUCCAAUAAAUGCUUUUCUCUGACAGAUCGGUGCUCUCUUGUGUGACACGCUGCAGUUUGUGGCUCCUUGCGGGUUCACGGAAGUUGAGCACCAUCUCCAUCAGCGGAGACAGUCUCAUCAAUCAAGACCAAUUCAACCUCGCUACUGGCGAUCACCUUCGGUGGCCUUGAACGACCCUUCAAGCGAGAUAAGAUGGGCAUUGUAGAGCCAGAAAUGACGGCCGUGGCAGAAACCGAAAUGCUCGACGAUCAAUUUCCCACGUCCAUUCCAUCGGGAGGCACCACCAACAUCACCACCACCACCACCGUCAUGAAUGAAUGGCUAGUCUUGGAAAAUGUCAUUCGAACCAUGGUGGAGAAUUGGCGCUAUCAAGCCCGGGUGGGCAAUGUGUGGUACUCCAUCCUGGUCCUGCUUUACGCCUCCAUGAUCCUGAUCGGUGCCACCGGCAACUUGUUGGUCAUUCUCGUGGUGGUGAGGAAUGUGGCCAUGAGAACGGCCAGGAACGUUUUUAUCGUGAAUUUGGCCGUGUCCGACCUUAUGUUGUGUCUGAUCACCAUGCCCUUGACUUUGGUUGAGAUCUUGUAUCAAACUUGGCAGUUCGGAAACUAUCCUGCGGCAUGUCCAGUCGCGGCCUUGCUUCAAGGCACCUCGAUUUUCGUUUCCACCCUCAGCAUCACGGCGAUUGCCUUGGAUCGACGUCAAUUGAUCGUGUGCCCUCAUAAAGGGGCCUGGGGAAUCAAGGCCAUGUUGGCAUGCGUUCCACUGAUCUGGGGCUUGGCCUUGGCUUUGGCCUCGCCUAUGGCCAUUUGGAAGAAGCUCGAAUAUUGGAACGAUUGGGCUGCAGCCAUGAAUAUCAUUGGGGACAGCUCGAACUCGACGGAUCCGGGGGAUGCGGGUGACAAUUCCACAUUCGUCGAUUGUCCCCAUCUAUUGAAUAUCAGCAGCUCCAACGGAGCUCAACGUACAGUUUCCAACUAUGCCGUGGAUGAGAACGCUCGAUUGAACUGUAUGCUUCAGGAAAUCAUUCCCCGAUGGCUUCAUGAGCUCCAAUCCUGUAAAGAGGACUUCCCCGAGAGUGGUCGACUCGUAUACUCGUCAAUAACGAUGAUUAUUCAAUAUCUUCUACCCACUAUCACCAUCUCGAUCGCUUACUACCAGAUUUAUGGCCAACUUCGUAUUCGAAUGCAGCAAAAGCUGAGCCAAUUGGCUCAAAAUACCCAUAUGGCGUCAGCUAAUGGGGGCCGCCGGAACACCGCGGUCACUUUGGGAAGAACCAAUGAGGUUGGAGGAGUGGUCGCCCCUUCUGGACCUGGAAAUGUCUUGGUGGAACGCAUUGAGAACGACAUUCUACGCAUGAAACGCACAACCAAUCUAUUGAUUUGGGUUGGAGUCAUUUUCUGCGUAUGCUGGUUGCCACUUAACAUAUUGAAUACGGUAAUGGAUAUCACCGAAAACCAUCGAAUUCAAGAGGAUGGCACAAAAGUGACGAGUCUAACGCACGAACAGUUCUGUAUCAUCUACGCGAUUUGCCACGUGACCGGCAUGUUGAGUGCCUGCGCCAAUCCGGUCAUCUAUGGCUACCUCAAUGAGAACUUCAAUCGAGAAUUCAAGGAGAUUUUUGAAAUCGCCCGACCUUGCUUUCAAUGCCCCAGCAGGCAGCUCUUUCUCCGCGGAGAUCUGCCGGGUUCGUGCCCCGAGAAUGGUACCAAACCAGUCACUCCGCUUCAAAACAACACACUCUCUCCUCAAAAUGGCGGGAAUUAUGAAAUGAAAACGGUGAAAGCGCAAGAUGAUCCUUCUCCAACGUUCCAUGACGGAAGGCCAGAGGGGGAAGCUUUAUUGGGAUCAACAGAUUAACCUGUCGAUAUGGUCUUAUACAACCUUCUAUCUUCCUGUAGUCCAGAGGGAGAAGAAUGGAAGGCUUCCGAGUUGGGAUCCGUAUCUUCAUGAUGGAAAAAUUUGGAGGCCACGUCACAAAGUGCGAGACUUCCAGGCCAUGUUCCCCAAAGCCCAACAACGAUUGAACUCUGCGGAUUUCAGACUUCAGACACAAGGGAAUCGGAUUAUAGCAAUGGUGGUGGGAUUGUGGGAGUGCCGGAAUCGGCUUUAAAUGUGAUGUCAUUUUUCUUUUAGGGUUCACUCGAACCAGAUCAAAAAUUAUUUUGGAUGCAGAAUCCUCGAUUGGAGAAAUCGCUAUCCUUUUGUCGUUCAGAUUUGUGGUGACCAGUUGUGAACAAGUGAUAUUCUAACGAUACAUGUACCAAUUAUAUACAUCAUGAUAAAGAAUAAAUAACAUCUCAGUUA